AUGAAGUUCACGUCGGCGACAUGCGGUCUCGGUGCCCUUCUCACGCUUUUCGCUCCAACUCUAGCGGAUGAAUCUGCUCGCAUCAUGACUUUCUUUACCCGAAAGGCCGGAAUGACAGAGCAAGAAUUCCACAAUCACUGGACAAACACGCAUGGCCCUCUUGUUGUGCCUUGGGCUCUCCAGUACGGCGUCAACCGGUACACUCAGUACCACACCACCGAGGCAAACCGCACGACUCUUCGGAAAGCUCUGAGGCUACCGGACGAGUACCUCUUACAAUAUGACGGAGCAGCCGACUUCACCGUAUCGAGCAUCGGGCAGUUCUUGUCCGCCUAUGCGGACCCUUACUACAAACAGGUCAUUGAGCCCGAUGAGAAGUCAUUGUUUGCUCACAGCGGAGAUGUAAUGGUGGUUCAGGGCUCGCUUGGAUGGACUACGGAUAUCGUAAAGAAUGGAGGGGCUGCCGUAAAUGCUGCUAGUGGGUGUAGUAAGUGGCGGGAGGUUCACGGGAAUGCGGGAAAGGGGUGUUGA